CGACACGACCAACGAAAAAACCUCAUCGUCGACAACAAUGGCCUCUCGCCCUACCGUCUCCGUGGCCACGGCCGAGGGCAAGCCCUCCGGUGCGACCCUCACCCUCCCUGCCGUCUUCUUGUCGCCCAUCCGUCCCGAUAUCGUGCAGCAUGUGCACACUGGUAUCGCCAAGAACAAGAGACAGCCCUAUGCCGUGAGCGAGAAGGCUGGUGAGCAGACUUCUGCUGAGUCCUGGGGUACCGGCCGUGCUGUCGCUCGUAUCCCCCGUGUCUCUGGUGGCGGUACUCACCGUGCUGGUCAGGCUGCUUUCGGUAACCAGUGCCGUUCCGGUCGUAUGUUCGCUCCUACCAAGGUCUGGCGCAAGUGGCACCAGAAGGUCAACCAGGGCCAGAGACGUUUCGCUACUGCCUCUGCUCUGGCUGCUUCUUCGGUCCCCUCCCUGCUGUUCGCCCGUGGCCACCGUGUCGCCAACGUGCCCGAGGUUCCCCUCGUUGUUGAGAGCAAGACCUUUGAGAACGCUGCUCUGACCAAGACCAAGGCGGCCAUUGCCCUGCUUAAGGCUGUCGGAGCCGGUGCCGACCUGGUCAAGGUGCAGAAGUCGCGCAAGAUGCGUGCCGGUAAGGGUAAGCUCCGUAACCGCCGCUUCCGCCAGCGCCGCGGCCCUCUCGUCAUCUACAACCCGGAGACGGACGGCAAGGAGCUUGUGCGUGCCUUCCGCAACAUCCCCGGCGUGGAGACCUCGUCCGUCUUCUCGAUGAACCUGCUGCAGCUGGCUCCUGGUGGCCACCUGGGCCGUUUCAUCGUGUGGACCUCGUCUGCUUUCUCGGCGCUCGACCAGGUGUACGGCACCACCACCACCGCGUCUGCGCUCAAGAAGGACUUCCUCCUGCCGUCGAACAUGGUUGCCAACGCCGACAUUGCCCGCCUGAUCAACUCCUCGGAGAUCCAGUCGGUUCUGCGUGAGCCCAAGGGCGAGGCCCGCACCAAGCGCGCCCAGGUGCAGAAGAAGAACCCUCUGCGCAACAAGCAGGUCAUGCUCCGCCUCAACCCCUACGCCGCCGUCUACUCCAAGGAGAAGCUCGGCCAGAAGGCCGCCGAGCACUCCAAGCCUGUCCGCCCCUCGGAGAUCUUCCGCCAGACCCUGGCUGAGGAGUAAACGUGUCGGUCGAGAUUUUCUAAAUGUC